CAAGAUAUCUACGGUGUAGCUCUACAAUAUUCAGGCAUCGUCUUUUGCAGUCUGUUUUUCCGGACAUGAUCAACUGAGUCAAAGUGGACACCAUGGGUGGAAUCAUCCUGUUUGUGUGCCUUUGCAUGCAAGCUUUGCGUGCAUCUGGACAAUGUGUUGACGAGUCGCCUUUACCUCCCGUUGUUCCCCCUACUACCUGGACGGCUUGGUACAGCGUGGAUGACCCGAUGGACGGCACAGAGAAUGAAACACUAUUGGCUAUCAGAGAGAUUGACCCGUCAGUAUGUACAAAUCCGACUCUUGCCGAGUGUCGAGUAAGAUUCAUCGACACCGACUCAGUAACCAAGGGGCAAGUUCUUGUGACCGGCUGCACACCAAUCGCCGGACUCUUGUGCCAAAACUCGGACCAGCCAAACCAAGAAGUAUGCCUGGAUUACGAGAUCAGAUUUGAAUGCCCAUCUCCGAGUGACACUCUUCCUGAACCCCAUUUUCAUUGGGAUUUGAGCACAAAGGUAUCGGUACAUGACGACGAACCCCUGACCUGUGAUGGCGCCACGGUGACGUCAAUCUACCCCAAUAUCGGUGGCAUGACAGGCACCGUUAAUGGGGGUACCCUGGGAGCUGCACAUGCUUACGAUUCAUCUGAUCACCUGUGCGCCGUCAGGAUUUCUGACCCGCAGCAUACUGGUUGGGUAGUUUACGGCUCGGCCGCCGGGAAGUGCAUCUCGAGCACUGUCUGUUGCACCUCGGGGUGGACCUUCGCGUUCUGGAUGAGAUACCGAAGCACGCCAAGUCCUACAACGAGACAUGUCUUUAACAGUGGAGGGCAUACGUCAGCAUCGCGAGGUGGUCUGAAUGUUUAUCUCACCAGGAAAUUCGGGCUGAUGGUCCGCGGGGCUUUAGGCGGCAAGUCGUGGGAAAUGAAAAUGUCGGGUGCAUCCACCUUCCCACCGGAAGCAUGGACCCACCACUGCUUCACAUACGAUCUGGUAGAGGGAACGAAGUAUUUCAAAAAUGGUGAUUUACUUUAUUCGCUUGUACCACCUGUAAUAAACAGUCCUUCAGAAGACCUUGACGACGUUAUCAUGUUCGCGCCCACCUCUUUGGGAACCGGCAAUUUUCCCGAAGGAGAUUACAGCGAUUUCAAGAUGUUUUACAGAACAUUUAAUAACACUGAAGUUCAAAAGUUAUACUCAAAAGAAACAUCCGAAUCAACUUUAUUGAUCCACUACUUGCGUAAACACAGCCACAGUGACAGUUUCGAUGUGGAGAUCGAAUGCUUAGCAAAGGCAGGACGAUCCCCUAACAUCACCUGGUAUCGCUCGGACGACGGAGACCACUUCAGCGUGGUGUCUCCUUCAUCAGGAGACGUUGCUAUCUUCGAAAGCUCCCCCAACAGCUACAGGCGGCGCUCUCUGCUAAUGGUCCGCGGACUGUCAUUCGCAACCGAUGUCAUUUUUGUUUGUGAAGCUUUAGAUGGCAGAACUGGAGGAGCGGUGUCCAAAAUCGUAACAAUUCCAAAACGUAGCAUGUACUGGACGCCUUGGUUAAGCGCUGAUGACCCGGCCGACGGGGACGACGUUGAAACGCUGACGGCUCAAAAACAGGUUUACGAUUUGCUCUGCAAUAUCCCGAGUGACAUCCAGUGUCGUACACUUUAUGACGACGUAUCGUCCACUCAGACCGGGCAGAUUCUUGACAUCAACUGCACGGUAUCAACUGGUUUAGAUUGCCGAGGAGCUUCCCAGAGCAUUGAAGACGGUCGAUCAUGUUAUGACUACGAGGUUCGGUAUUCGUGUCCAGAGUCUACAUUUCAGUGGACCGACUGGUACGACACGAGUGAUCCAACAGGCUCGAUGGAGGAUGAGUCUCUCGCUACACAUAAGUUGCAGUCUUACCCAGAUUUGUGCGUCCAGCCAAUCGGUGCAGAGUGUCGAAUCAAAGGAACCAAUGAAGACAUCCUUACCAGUGGGAUUAUUCCAGAGACUCCGUAUCUUUGUAACGCAAACGGAUUCCGCUGCCAAGAUGCAAAUAAUACUAUUCCUUGUCCAGACGUUGAGGUGCGCUACAGAUGCCCGACUACAUUAGUGACGCAUCUUCAAGUCAACAGUUUACAGAAGAUUAGCCACCACCUAGAUCCCAAUCUUAGGCUGCAGUGUGACGUCACCGAAGGCAUUCCAGUGUCAUCCUCCUUCUCGACGGAGUGGCUGUGGCUGGAUCGAUCCCAGUCCCAAGCUGCCGUGCCGAUAUCGCCAGGUGGCGAUAUCACGAUUACACCCCUCACAUCGCAUACCUCUGUCUUGAAGAUCGACGAUUUUGCCAGUAGUGUAUUCACCAACAGGACGCUGGUUUGCAUCGCGAGAGACGGGAUUGUAAAAGAUGCAAAAACGAUUGCAGCAAUUAAACUGCCAUCUGAAUGCGAGGCUCCCAUCGGCAUAUCAAGUGACCAGAUUCAGCUGAGUCAAAUUUCACCGUCUUCAGUGAAAUCUGAACCUUUCAAGAUUCCUCGCGUCAAUGGUUUGGACGCGUGGGUACCAGCUGUCAGCGAUACAUCUCAGAUGCUUGAUUUCGAUCUUGGUGUGGAAUAUGAAAUAACCGGUAUUGCAGUACAAGGCGAUCCGCCAACUGACAGCCCUACCUCUAUGGUAACGGAGCUAGACCUGUAUCGUAAAGACAAUGGCUCCGCUACAUGGAUACAACCUCUACGCAUCGUAACUGCUGCUUUCAAUGGAGGUCAAGCAAGCUACAAUACUCUAGAUCCUAACAUCACCACGAGGUUUCUACGGUUCAACCCAAGACUGUGGCAAGGUAGUGAAAUCAUGAUGAAAGUGGAGAUCUACGGCUGCGCAGUGGGAGAGCCUACACUAAGAAUUAUGGAACUAACUAAAAAGUAUGACGUCUUUACCAAUAACUUCACCUUCACGUGCCGGGCUGAGCAUUACCCUGUACCCAACAUCACGUGGCUGGCUGAUAAUGCAUCGAUAUCAGCACAAGAGGGCGUCUUUCAAAUCUCUGAAUACGAUGGCGUGUUCCCCACCAAGGUGUCUGUAUUGACUCUGAUUGGUUUCCAGCCAGCCAAUGACAGCGUGGAGUUUGCCUGCCAGGCCACGGCAGGAGCUGAUACCGUGGUUGAACGCAUUAACACACAAUACAGUUUCACUGGCUCCGUGUCAGUUACCGCUGACUCACCUGUAUAUUUUGGCAGUGAAGUAAACAUGACUUGUACAGCUUCCGGUGACGACAUUUACGUCAUAGAGUGGAGUAAACGCUCGAACGGGUCGAGCGCACCGUUCAGUCCACUCAGUGCAGGCGGACGGUUCGACAUAGUGAACGUAGAAAACAGCGCUACUGACUGGGACUCAACUCUUACGAUAAAGCAAUUUGUUGAAGUAGAUGAUGGAGAGUACGCAUGUCAAGUGAACUCUGACACUGCCAGGGACGUCACGGUCGUGAUUGGCAAGAGUGGUAUGAGAUUUGGAUCGCAAAGCGCCAUCUACGACGAGAACACAAAUACGUACCGACUGGAAUGUGAAGUGCUCUACUCGAAUCUCAUUCCCGACGUCACGUGGUUAACUCCCAGCCUUGAAUCAGUGAAUCAGACGACAGGAAGACAUGAGAUUCAGUCAACAAAUGUUGGAUUUUCUGCCAAGCAAUAUCUGUUACUGAUACACCAGUACCAACACAAUGUGGAUGAUGGUAGCUACGUGUGCACCGCAGAGGUUGCAGCGACCGGGGAAUCCAUCAGUGAAACGCUUGCAGCUUCAUACGCUUACCAGGGAGAAGUCCGAGCCAGCGCGACAACACCCAUCAUAUUGGACCAACUGGUUAACCUCGCCUGCGAUGCUAGUAACGUCACUUCCGUCUAUCACGCCGAUUGGAUGAGAGACAUCGGUAACAACACCGAGAUGGCGCUGACCAGUGAUGCCUCUUAUACCAUCCAUGAAGACCGUGCGGGUGGGCUAUUUCACCUGUACCUGGAUAUAGGCAAUUAUUCCGAAGCGUUUGACGGGUACUACAUUUGCUCCAUUAAUAACGGCACGGCGACUGCGGGUGUUGCAGUCACCAGGAAGCUAGGUAAGUAUGAAUUUAGGGACAAUGAAACAAGGUCUGUGUCUCCUUAAAUCUUCCUCUUUCUCUACAGACAUCUGUUCUGUCCUUCUAUUGAGCUGAAUUUUUUGCAGGGUUUUAUCCAGGUUGUUGGAGUGUUUUGACGGUUGGCUUUCUGAAGGUACUGGAUCAGGACUGCAGAGUCGCGACCUUCCACGGGGAGCUACGUGCAGUGAAGGUAAUCUCUCGUAUGUUCUCGUGCUCACAAGAUUCUAAUCGUCUUCUUUCUGAGUUGUUAUUCUUUGAGAAGCACUAGAUAGCAUGUGUACGGAGUAUGGAGAAGACGCGACACGGAAGGCGGGUCUGAGCUGUCAAUCACGUACAUCAGCGGCUACAUUCACACCAAUCAACCGACGUUACAUGAAGAUCACUGAAUAGCAACGCAUUCGACAACCAUGGCGCCAUUUCGUUGUCGAGCAUCUGCUACGACAAUACCAGGGUCGUCCUAGAGAUGAGCUUGCAAGACUCUGCAUAAUGAUUUCGAUGGACAUGUUCAGCCUAUCAUUUUGCGAGAAACCUUACUUGGACAUUGGAAAGGCGAGACGAGAUCUCCAUUUUACGCAUCAAUUUCUUCUUGACGUCAUCAUUCUGGUCUCGCACUGUGCCUGUUGUUCAAUUUGAACAUACCCAUAAGAUGAGGGGAACAUUUUGACUCGGGAGAUAAUAGGUCUAAAAUAUUACUUUUCAUUUGGGGUGGAAUAAAGACAAAUUGACUAGAGCGAGAUUUGAACCAACGACCUCCGGAUAAACGUGCCGCCGUCCUACCAACUGAAACAAUGCUAGCGGUCUCCCUAUCUUGUCAAUAUCUUUGUUCGGGUGCAGAUUGUAAGAGACAAGGUUUUCUUCCUCAACCAGCCCAUACCCCCUCCCCUAGUAAUGGGUAGGCGGGUUGACUUCACUGUAAUUUCUUUGUCAAACUCUUAAAACGAGGGCUGGUUAAACACUGCGUCAUGGCACAUGUUAAUUGUUUUUUUUCUCCAAGGACAAAUCGCCAGAUUUGGCAGCGUCAUGGCCGAGCGGUUAA